UGAGGGGAAAAGUAUUUCAGAGGCCGCGCUGGUCAACAGUGUUUUUUCGGUGAAGCGAAGAGUCGGAGCUCGCUCAGAUUCCUAAGUCCUGCAGAGGAGCUACAAUUGGAAUGUUCUAGAGCUGAAUGAUGGCAACGAACGAAAGUGUUGGCAUACUGAAUUCUGCUUACCUGGCUGUAGAAUAUCUAGACUCUUUCUUGCCCCAGAACCCGCUACAGCAGCCAUUUAAAAAUGCUUGGAUGUCUAUGCUGAAUAACUAUACUAAGUUCCAGAUUGCAACCUGGGGGUCCCUUCUUGUCCAUGAGUUUGCAUAUUUCUUCAUUUGCUUCCCUGGAUUUGUAUUUCAGUUUAUACCUUACAUGCAAAAGUAUAAAAUACAACAGGAUAAGCCAGAAACAUGGGAAAGACAAUGGAGGUGUUUCAAAACGAUUAUGUUCAAUCACUUCUUCAUUCAGUUGCCUUUGAUCUGUGGCACUUACUAUUUCACAGAAUAUUUCAACAUUCCUUAUGACUGGGACCACAUGCCGAGAUGGUUUGUGAUAGUUGCCCAAUGUUUUGGGUGUGCGGUGAUUGAGGAUACCUGGCAUUAUUUUCUGCAUAGACUCCUGCAUCACAAGAGACUAUACAAAUACAUCCACAAAGUGCAUCAUGAGUUUGUUGCUCCAUUUGGGAUGCAAGCAGAAUAUGCCCACCCUCUGGAAACUCUUAUCCUUGGGACUGGGUUUUUUAUUGGAAUUGUACUCUUCUGUAAUCAUGUGAUUCUUUUGUGGGCAUGGGUAAUUUGUCGCUUGCUGGAGACUAUUGACGUCCACAGUGGCUAUGAUAUUCCUCUGAAUCCUUUGCAUUUGGUGCCUUUCUAUGGUGGGGCUCGCUUUCAUGACUUCCAUCACAUGAACUUCAUUGGCAACUAUUCUUCAACCUUCACAUGGUGGGAUAAAAUCUUUGGAACAGACUCUCAGUACCAAUUUUAUGUCGAAAAAAUGAAGAAACAGGAACAUGUGAAAGAAAAGAAGACCAAAUAAAUCCUGCCACUGUAAAUGGGAAAGGGCAGCACCUGAUAGAUGUGAAUGGCUGCUGUGUGCACUUUUGGUUAAAACUGGAAGGUAUAACACAUGUUGCAGUACUAAAGCAAAGUCUGCUUUAAAGAAAACCCAAAAGCAAGCCUGCUGACCCUUGUCAUGUAGGAGGAAAACCUGUUAACUGUUGUAGCAUCCUAAUGGGAAUGCAUUGCUGCUGUAUAAAAAAGUAAAAGCACAUGGCUAGAGAAGGUAAAUACAUUUGCAGGUUUUGUAUUUUCAAAUGAGUCCCUUACCUUUGGAUUGAACUAUUAUACACCUCUGGGGUACAAAUGUUAAACUUUGUAGAAUGUAUAAAGUACAACCAGGAAAAUUGUGGUUUUACCAGUUUUCUAAACCAUACAUUAUCGAGGAGGAAUUUCUUGGGAGCAGCAAUACCGAAGAGCUUUUUGGCAAACAAUUUGCACAUGUUAAUAGCUCUUAAUUCCGUAACCUUUCAUGGUCUAGUGUCAGUAACUUUUUUCCUCUUGGGAAGAGCCUUUUUAUUCUGUUUUACGGGAUCUGUUAUGUCGGUGUACUUCCAUUGCAUAACGAUUUGUAAACUACUGAACAAUUGGUAUAUUUUACUUUUGUGGCUUGCAAAAUAAUAUAGGGUUGGUCUGACUUUUGUUCAUGUUCACUGUGGAACAUAUAAAAACAAGGCUUUCAGGCUGUUUCCUUGGCUUUGUGAUGUAUUGUUUUUAGAAUACAUGUGCAUAUAUAGUGACAUUAGGGCCAGCAGAGAUGAGCACCAGGUGGAGGUGCUCCCUAGGUGAGACGGGACCAGAAUCAGUGUAUUCACAGGCAGAAUACCUAUUAAUUUUGCUAGUCUGAAUAACACAUUUGUUAAGCAUAAACCAUGCAAGGAUAAUAGCAGACAACUGUGAGCAUUGUGUUACAAGCAUCAAGGGCAAGACCUUUUGGAAGAGCUACAGCUAGGGAAUGAGCAAAUGAAACAGGCACAGGAUGAGAAUGAGUACCAGUAAUGCCCCACCAUUGGGAAGACUGCAAAAGUUCCUAACAAACAAAUAAAUGAGGUACCAUCUGCUGGAAAAAGUAGUAAAUGUGCACAAGUGUAUUGCGCAGUGUACCUCUGAGUUUAUCUCCAGUGUGGGACAUUGCGACUGGUUGUAAAAAUGCUCUUAGAGCAACAGCUGUGGUACCGGCAAGGCCUUAGCCUGAUGAAGUCUGGCUCAAGCACACCUCCAGAUCUAAACAAUGUGGAGUGCUUGUGAGAAGCCAGUCCAUUACCCAACCAAUACAACAUGGUGCAGAACAGAUUUAACAAACUGGAUGGUUAUGCUGGAGAGAAGAAUCCAGAUUGUCCCCCCCAGUCCAAAAUCAUCACUUUGCAUAUGCAGGUGACUGGUCUGUUUCCCUGCUCUAAAUAUAGAUAAAAGUAAUUCCUUAGCCUUAUAGAUGAAAUAUACAAAUAUGUGCAUUGCCAAAAGAUUAUUUUCUGUGAUUCCUUAAACUGGCCAAUUCAAUGUGGAGCUGUAUCAAGAACACUGGCAGUUGUGCUUAAUAAUGGUUUGCCUGGGACAGCAAGUUCUAACCCAGCAAUGUUAUGCAAAGUUGGCUUACAUUGACUCAUUACUUAGCAAAUUCAAAUUAAUCCAACUGUUUGUUGGAUGGCUUCCUGGUUUUGGUUUUUGCUUGUUCCCAGCAUGACAAGGGAUUAUCCUGAAUAACAGGAUGUCAUAAAAUCAUAGUCUGAGAAAACUAUUCCCCCCCAAACUAAAAAUCUUGUACACCAUGUUGUGGUGUUUUGCUUGGUCCCAAUAAAAGCUAUUUACGUGGCUUGUGAUUUUGCAUCUAACCAGCAGUAGUGAUUUCAGUUUUGAGUCAAGGAGGAGAAACCUCAAAUUUGAAGUCCCUAAGCAGGAGCAAGGAACUGUCAGCCUAUUCUUAUAGACAGGCCUAUAUCACCUCUUACUCUCAACUAGUAUAAUCCUUUGCUCCCCCCACCCCAUGUCCAAUAUCUUUUCCAGGCCAUUGUGACUGUAGAAUUUUCUACCGUGUUCACCAUGGAGUCUAGCAAGUGGUUCAACAAUAUGGCCACCAGAAGAGCAAAAGGCUGUUACCAUCUCCA